GGCACUUAACAGGGGAACGGACUUCGCCGCCGCCAAAGGUCUCCUCAGUCCCCGGAAUUCCCUCGCCCCCGUGCAAGGCAGAGAACCUGCACCUCAGAUAGUUAUAUAGUCUCAGUACUUCGUACCUCGUGUGGUUCGUGGCUGAAGUCUGUACCUUUGAAGACUUCGCUUUCCUUUUGCAUUCCCGAGAGGUGUACUUUUUAGAAUUGUAAAUAAAUACGACUUGCGGAGAAACUCACCCCGAGGACCCACGUUCAGCCACUGCUAGUGGUUAGUCCGCCUGCGUGUCAAGUUGCCUGUGGCCCUGAACAUCAUGAAUCCUUGGUUGUUGUGGUCUGCACUAUCGCACACGGCGAGGCUCUCAACUGUGCUGCAAAUCCUACUAUACCUUCCACUGACGCUUGCAACGCUCUCUACUUCAGCCUUUCUUCUUCUUUCUCUCCUGCUGUCGAUACAUUCACUUAUCCAUGGAACGCUCAUUCUUUUGUGGGGGUCGUCGGCUUUAUCUGUGCUGCAAGUCCCCAUGCACCCAUUCCUCUUACUCGUCUCUUUCAACGCGUUUGCACAAAUCACACAUCCGUUGCUCGCAACUGCGACCAGGUGGUGGGGGAAAUUCCUGACAUUUUCAGGGCCUUCUUUCGUUGCUUUGGAAGGUCUAUCGAGCCUGCUGGUUGCGCAAAAGGUUGGCCAGGUUGGGAAAGCACUAGCCGAUGAGGCCGAGAGUUACCAGUUAGCUAUACUUCUUGCUUCAGCAGCUGCCUAUGUGAUGGCUUUCUGGUGGAUUGUCGUGGCGUAUCCAGCUGCAGCAACUUCGCCGCUUUCAUCUACGUUAUUGGGCGUGGCAUUGACAGCUUUCUUGUUUUUGACUGUCAUUGGUUUCCGGCUUCGACGAACAAAUAUCGUGGAGUCAGCGAUGCUCUCUCUCUUUCUCGCAUAUAACGUUUGGCUCUGCGGUUUCGAUCAAACGUCGUUCACGGAUCCCGCAUCUUCUUAUGCGCCAUUACUCUCUAAUAUUCUACCACACCUGCAGACACUGGUGAACUUUAUUACCAAUACCCUGCCAAAGCCGGUGCUCGCCGCACUAGUCUACAGGCUCGCAAUUCUUCAGCUUGCUUCUCGCAUACUUCCCACUAUCGGAGCGGAUGCGUGGGAGGCCGACGAGUCUGGUGAUGGGUGGGAUGGACGACCGACAUCCAUCAUGACUCGCAUACUACUGACAUACAGACAGUCAAUUUUUGUCAUGGUAUAUUCCCACUUGCUACUUCUCGAUCCUGCUUCUCAGGUUUGGUGGCGCUGGGCGAAUAUCAUGUUCACCCUCUUUUUGUGGUCUGUUGAACUAACCGUCAGCCCGGACGGGGAUGACGUCUCUGUGAAAUGGAAGGUAGAGUAGGUUUUACGGAGACGGUUGGGUGUGUAAUAUGGCACUACACGCUCACUGCGUUAGGAGUAGUUUGCUUUCCACACCGCCUUUUCCUCGUCCUCCCCUUGGUAGUAUUCCCUCUUCCAGAUC